CGCGGCUGCCGAACGAGAGGGGCACCGCGGCGCCGCGGACGGAGCCAUGGGCAAGUGCAGCGGGCGCUGCACGCUCGUCGCCUUCUGCUGCCUGCAGCUGGUGGCUGCGUUGGAACGGCAGAUCUUUGACUUCCUGGGCUACCAGUGGGCGCCGAUCCUCGCCAACUUUCUACACAUCAUGGCCGUCAUCCUGGGGAUCUUUGGCACUGUGCAGUACCGCUCCCGGUACCUCAUUCUGUAUGCAGCUUGGUUGGUGCUCUGGGUCGGCUGGAAUGCAUUUAUCAUCUGCUUCUACCUGGAGGUUGGACAGCUGUCCCAGGACCGGGACUUCAUCAUGACCUUCAACACGUCUCUGCACCGUUCCUGGUGGAUGGAGAAUGGUCCCGGCUGCCUGGUAACCCCUGUCCUGAACUCCCGCCUGACCUUGGAGGACCACCACGUCAUCUCUGUCACGGGCUGCCUCCUCGACUACCCCUACAUCGAAGCCCUCAGCAGUGCUCUGCAGAUCUUCCUGGCCCUCUUUGGCUUUGUGUUCGCCUGCUACGUGAGCAAAGUAUUCCUGGAGGAGGAGGACAGCUUUGACUUCAUCGGUGGCUUUGACUCCUACGGGUACCAGGCACCCCAAAAGACGUCGCAUUUACAGCUGCAGCCUCUGUACACGUCCGGCUAACUUCUGCCUGUGUCUACUCACAGACACUUUGCUGGCAGCUGGACUGACCAACGCCGCCCGCUGGGACUUCGUGGGCAGGCGCGCCCUCUAGCGGCCCGUGGACCGAUUGCAGCCGGCGCUGGCUGCUGGUGGCUGGCUGGACUUGGACUUGGACUUGGCCCUUUCAGCCCAGACAUCUGGGAUGGGGCAGGUUGGGAUGCGGGAGGGGGAUCUCGGGGUUUGUAUUUUUUUUAACUCAGCCUUGGCUGGCGCUGGGGCCUUCCUCUGUUCUCCCUGUCACUCUCUCCCCAGCAUCCUGUACCUGCCCAGAGAGAAAUGGCCCUGCAGACAGGCUCACCCCAUCUCUCUCUGCACUCACUCACAUCCGGCCCAGAGGAGAUUCCAGGAAUGGGAGCAGGCUUCUAACGACUUCUCCCUCACUGUGGGACUGUGAGGCCUGGCCCUUGAACCCCUCUCUGGGCCUCAGCUUCCCCACCUCAGAUAAUUAAAAUCACUCCUUAGUCACUGGAAGUCUUCCCAUCCUUCUCACUUGACUCUCAGACCCCUGCAAGAGGCCAAGGUGGUAAUUCUCCCUUGCAGCUGUGGAAACUGUGGCCCAGAGAUGCGAAGGGUCUCACUCAGGCCCCUGCUAGGCGCCAGCUGGUGGCAGGCUUGCACGGUUUACUCACUAUGCUUUAGCUCCACCUGUGACUGGUCUCCAAGCCCCUUCCAUCUUGGACCCUCUAGGACCCUGUGAGCCACCCUCCUGCCUCAUCGCCACCACUUGCCAAGGCCCCUCUUAAAGCAAUAUCCUUGUUCUCUGGCUGCACAGAUGGUAGGAACCUGAGCCCAGAACCCAGCCUGAAUCCAGCCUGACCGCAGGGAGCCUUCCUGCUCUCACUCUCUGCCCUUGGCAGGCUUCUCAAGCUCUCUCAAGUAAGAGGCACCAUCACCUCUCAGCUCCUGGGUCUGCUGCAUCCAGGAUCCCACAUACCCCCACAGCUCCACCACGGACAUGUCCUGCGUCCUGAACCUCAGCCAUCGGGAAGCCUGAGGUUCCAUAGUAGAAGAGGCAGAUCUGCCCCAUCCUUAGAGUCCCAGAUCACUCACCAGCGUCUCUGACCUCGGCAUGUCCAGAAACAACCUCUAAGGAACCUGGAGCUGAAAGGGCAGAUCGGUGCUGUAGGUGCUAGUGGGAAGUGGGAACCCAGAACUCUCCCUGAAACUCUUUCCCCCUCCCUCCACAGACAUUCCCCCAUGGUCGAUAUGUCAGCUCUCUGCUAUGGGACAGAGUGGGCCUGGAUCCAGGAGGAGCAGGUGGGGAAUGAAGGCCUUGCACACCUGUCUUGUAGGGGGCGGGUAUCCACCAGUAUCCACCCCAGCAUCCCUUGCUCUCCACUUCCUGCUCCUGCUGAGCUACCAGCCCACUUCUGGGGUUCUUCUGGCCACCACAGACCCUGGGAUCCCAAGUGGUUGACCCAGUCAGUUCAAGGGGUGCAGCUCCAGAGGGGACAGUUGCCUAUGGGUGGCUCCCUCUGAGGAACCUCUCCUGACUCCAGUCCUCUCCUCUACCCCUACCAACUGUCAUCUCCCUUCCCAGCUCUCUCCCUUUCUAUUCAAAGGGUUUAGCCACUGGUGCUUUGCAGCCUUUUGUUUUUAUAAGAUGGUCCCUGCUGGGGGCCAAGGGCCACCUUCUCUUCCUAAGACUGUGCAAGGUGGAUUCUGUGCCGCUGGUUAUUAAAGAUGGUGUUUUCU